GGCGGCCAGGCAAAGUGUGCGAACCACGAAGCGUAGCCCAGACGUCUGGCACGAGACGCAAGAAACGUGUUAGAAGCCCAACUCCCUUUUCGCCGUGUGUACUCUACUCUCGCCGUCCUUCCAUGCCUUUAAAAAUUCAAACCCCAAACUCUCCUCUCUGCAUCACCCUUCGCUUUCCUCUCUCCGUUCCUUUAUUAUUUUUUUAAUUUUAAUUAGAGAGUAUUCAUCUGCUUGGUUCGAAUCUAAUAAUCUUGAGGAAAAAAAAAAUGCAAUGCUGGUGGCAUAAAGUGAGACGUGUUUGGAUAGCCGUCUCUGCUGGAAUCAGGCGUCGUAAAACGAGGGCGGAAAGGCAUGCUGGGUGCUUGGGAGCGGCUGGGCUACUGAAUCUUCGGGACGACGUCAGAAGUUGUGGAUACGGAGAUGUACAGGUGAUGUGGAACAUGUUGAGUUUGUCGUCGGAGCUGGAGAAGAGUGGCCGUGUGCCGGUGGCUCACGGGCGUCGGCGUUCUAGAUCUUACAGUAAGCAGCGGUCUUCUUCAUCGUCGUGGAGGGUUCUGAUCUGGUCACGGUGUCCAGGUCGUCGAAGGGCGGCUGCCUCUUCGCUCCGUGAAAUUAAAUCACGAUGGCGACGUGCUUCUUAGAUUUCACACAGAAUGUGGACUGUUAGUAAAAAAAAAAAAAAAAGGAAUACAAUCUGUGAAUAAAUUUUGUGUUUUAUCUGCUCACUAUUCUCUCUCCCCUAUUGUACAGAGUUAGUGUAAUCAAUUUUACAAUUAUAUCUUCUAUAUUAUCCCA